AUGCACCCGCCCCGACGCAAAAAUCGCCCAGACAUCACUAAUGAGUUAUGGGAAGAUCAAGCUUCUGUUGCAGAAUCACGACACAACCAACAUGACUAUUACUCAACUCCUGUUCAUUUAGCUAGCUCAGGAAGUACAGGGUACAGAUCCUUCUUCUCGGUCGAUUCCAUUGAUGCCCCCCUCGCUGGCACUCAGUAUCAUUCUGUUGAUCAAGGGAAUGCAACUUCAAAAUUUGUGCGAAGUUCAAUGAAUGUGAUUCCACGGACCGAAAAACUUUACAAAGAAAUCAACAUGCCAUUUUCGUUGAUAGUUAGGCCUUUUGCUCCUUUAUUAGAGACAGAGGAGCCUAUAUCAGCUGUGGUGUUUCCUGAUGUAAAACGAAGCGGGCAAUCCUAUCGAUGUCGCAAGUGUGGAACAUACUUCAACCCCAACGUGAAAAUAUCACAGCAAAAAUAUUACUUUUGCAAUGUUUGCACCACAAAAAAUAGGUGGCCAUUAAUGAAUUAUGAACUCGGAGACUUGCCAGACGAGCAAACGCGUUGUCCCAAGCUCAAAAAAGGUGUGUUUGACAUAAAUAUUCCUGCUUCGAAAGAUCCGGUGGAAGAAAAGUGGCAUUAUCAUAUCAUUAUAAUUGACAAAAGUAGAGAGGGCCAUCUCUUCGAGUAUCCUUCUCAUGUGGCUGAAAGUUUGAGUUUGAUCAUGCGAGGGAGCUCAGGAGUAGAACCAAAGCCGAGAUUGAAAAUUGCUCUCCUCCUAUGUGAUGAGGUUGUGCAAUACUUUAAAUUCCUGAAGAAAUCAAAAGAGUGUUCAUUCCAUCUUUUGGAUUCAGGCACAGGCGCAGGUGUUGUUGUUCCAGACAUGUUCGUUAACUGCAAUAAAGCUGCGGCAUAUGUGAAAUUAAUUAAAACGGCCAUCAAAGGUUUGAAAUAUAGAGAGAAGCAAUCUGCACAAGGACCAUGUUUUUAUGAAGCAUUAGGCAUCGCCGCUAAUUGUCUCAACACUGUUAAGGGAGGCAAAAUUACCACACUUCUUUCAAGAAAACCCCAUAACCAUUUUAACAGAUCCGCAAUCAACCUUUGGGUGACAAAUUUAAACGAUCUGUCAAUCGUUACAAAACAUCUUUCACUUUCGAAAAAGAACGAGAAGGGGAGAUCAUCCUUGAAAUCUGCCAUUAAUUGCCAGAGAAUAUUUUCAGCAGGAAUCUCUGUUGAUGUGUUCAUGGUUGGCAAGACAAGUGAAACAUUUGAAGAGAUUUGUUCCCUUGUGUAUGCCACUAAAGGCAAAUACAUGAGAUGGACAAAUUUCUCAAAGGUGAGAGAUUCCGCGAACGUGGAGCGCGAACUAUUCAAUUCUAUUUGGGGUGUCAUUGGUUAUCUGUGUGAAAUAAAGAUUAGUUGCUCUCCGGCUCUAGAAGUUGAGCAAUACAACGGAUUUGAUGACGAACAACUCUCCAAGAGGCGUAAGAAACCAUUCUCCUACGAUAUAAAAGUACCAGCUCUAGGUGAACCGUUUUCACUUACGACCACUAUGAAUUAUUGCGGAGAUAUAUGCUCUGAGGACUGCUUUUUCCAAAUGUCUGUUGCCUACUAUGACGUAGCAGGCACUCGAAAAGUCAGAGUAAUAAAUUAUUCACUACCUGUCACUUCGAGUAUAGGGCGAGUUUUUGAUUAUAUGGAGCUUGAUGGAAUGGUUGGCGCAUUGUUGCAUCAUGGAUUAGUUUUGAGCUUGGAUAGCUCACCUCUCAAGUGCAGAGGAGAACUUCAUACUGUCGUGUCCAAAAUGUUGCAGAAUUAUGAGUCAAUUUAUAAGAAAAGAGUCACGGACACAAUGAAGAAGAAUUGGAUCGAGCCGAAUGGCGUAUUGCAUCCAGCACUCCUAUGUCACAUUCUUGUGUACGUGUGGUCAAUUAGUAAGAGGAAAUCCUUUCGCAAUAAGGAUUUAGUUCGAGAGGACGAAAGAAUUGCCGAUCGCUUGAAUUUGCAGUUCAUGCCAAUGGAGCGUCUAACAUUCCUUCUAUAUCCAGCGUUGAUCGAUCUUGGCGCAUUAAAAGCUGAUGAAUGUAUGAGAAUCAAGCAUAAAUCGAAUGUGCAUGGAUUCAUAAAAUUGCCAUUGUUUAAGCAAGUGUCAUUUAGUUGUUUGAGGAAGAGUGUGUACAUGCUUUGCAAUGGAGAGACGAUAUUUGUCUACAUUCAUCCUCAAGCAGACCCGCGAUUGAUCAACGACCUAUUCGGCGACCGAGUUAAUUGUUCCGCGACUUUUGAACUAUUGAUCGAUAGGUUUCCAGAAAUCGACACUUUGGUCUCACAUCAAGCUCGAAAUCUUGCAGAUUAUUUCCAUCGCAGUAUUAUCGGAAAUCCUGGCCCAGCCACCAUCACGGUCACGAGCGUCAAACAACCCGAUUAUCACAGUUUUCGAGAGGCUCUUGUUGAGGAUACAUUCCCCUUACAGAUCAAUGAUGCUUAUUCAAGUUAUUCGCAAUACGUCCAAUCUGUUCAGAAUAUUAUUUCCAAGCAAAGACCGAAGAUAAAGCCAGUGCCUAUUGAAAAGCAAAUUUUCAGCCAGACAGACCCUCCUCUAUUUGUGGAAGAGGUUGAUGGUCGAACUCGAUUGAUUUUUGCCGCGAAAAGUAAAAUCAGAUCCAUCCGGGACACAAUCUCGCAAGAACUUGGAGCACUAUUCUUUUCAAUUUUGUAA